AUGCACUACAUCGGCUCCGAUCAUCAUCAACGGUCGGACUCCGAUCAACAACUCCGGGACCGGCAAUACUUAACAUGCUCACAAGGCCAUACUUCGUCUCUGAUACUGCAAACCUUAGAAGGCGGAUCGAUCUGCUUAGUCUGUCUAUCCAAUCUUAUCUCAAAUCCUAAUUCCCCUACCAUUCACGUCUCUUACGCCCUCUCUCAGCUCUCUCAGGCCAUCUCUCAACCUCCUUUCCUCCAUAAUCUCCUCACUGUCCAUCCUCAUUUUCUCGUUUCUCCUCUCAUAACUGCCCUUUCUUCUUUGGAAGACGAGCCCCUCGCCAAACAGACGAUUGAUUUGAUUUCCGAAUUGUGUAGCUCUGGUGAUUCUUCAAUUUACAGCGAGUUUGUUGCUAGGGUUUCGGAUCGAUUGUCUUCUGGUUCCUUAGCUUGGAGCAGGCGACAAAUAUAUAUGCUACACUGCUUAGGUGUUCUAUUGGACAAUCAGAAGAAUGAUCCAUACACCCAUAUCAAAGAAAGAGAUGAGCUUAUUCUGAACCUAGUAACAGGUCUUCAGUUGCCUAGUGAAGAGAUCCAAGGCGAGAUCCUAUUUGUUCUUUACAAAAUAUGUGGCAUCCAACAAGCUUUCAAAGCUAAUAGCAAUGUUGAUGUCUUAUAUGUCCAUUCUUCAAAGAUCUUACAUUUGGCAUUAGAAGUCCUCUUGAAGACCCAACGAGAUGAUGUUCGCUUGAACUGUGUAGCGCUAUUAUCUGUGCUUACACGCAAAGGGUUCUUCGAGAAUGCAUUCGAAAAUGAUGAAACCGCAUACCCUGAAGCAGACAACUCCAUGGAAACAACUGACCAUGAACAAGAAAAAACUCCUCUGAAUCUCUUGUUUGCAGAAGCCAUAAAAGCACCUCUUCUUUCUUCAGAUUGUGAAGUUCAAACUGCCACAUUGGAUUUAAUUGUCCUGUACUUGUCUUAUGGAGGUGUUUCAAGAAAAGAUGUCCAAGUUCUGGUUGAGGAGAACAUUGCUGACUAUGUCUUUGAAAUUUUAAGAUUAUUGGGGUGCAAAAAAGAUUCUCUUGUCAGCUUAUCCCUACAAGUUCUUGAUCUCAUGUCAGUAGCAGAGGAAGCUUUCAAACAAAGACUUGCUAUUGGUUUCACAACUCUUAUUCCUGUUCUUCAUCAUGUUGCUGAAGUCCCUUUUCAUCCUGCUCAAUCUCAAUCACUAAAACUUAUAUCAGAAUGCAUUUCAAAUUGUCCUGGAAUCAUUUCAAGUUUCAACAAUGAAGAAAUCAGUCUUAUAAUGGCAGGGAUGCUCAAGAGACAUGUUGAUGGGGAUGCCAACAUGCUUCCAGAAACAUUCACCCUGGUAUGCUCACUCCUUGUAGCUCUCAUUAACUCUCCAUCUUGUCAUGGACCUCUUAAUAUUGCCAAAUCACUACAAGAUAUAUCAAGAUACACCAUUGCAAUUUGCUUGAGCUUUUAUGGGGAAGAUUCUAGUCAAAUGCUACACUCACUUUACUUACUAAAAGAAACAUAUGAAUACAGUUUACAAGGGAAUUAUACAGAGUUACGUGACUGUAUAUUGGACAUAUGUGAAACCAAUCUUUUGCCUUGGGUUUCCAUGAACAUUAAUGAGAUCGAUGAGGAUAUAACUUUAGGUGUUCUUGAGAUUUUUCACUCGAUACUAACUCACUCUGAAUUCCAACCUAAAGAGUUUGUAGAUGCUUUGGUUUCAUCUUCUUGGUUUAGUUUUUUAUUCGGAUGUUUAGGGCUUUUUCCCACAGAGAAGAUGAAAUGGAGAGUUUAUUUCUUAUUGGGAUCCAUCUUGAAUGUGAUUCUUGGAAAUGAAUGUGGGGAAUACAUCAAAGAUGUUGCUUUGCAUCUCCCAUCUGAUCCUAUUGAUUUGUUGUUUCUUUUGGGGCAAAAGGGAUCUCAUAAUCAACAAAUUUUCUCUUGCCAAUCUGCUGUUCUGUUGAUACUUUACACCAGCUCCUUGUAUGAUGACAGGCUUGCAGAUGAUAGGAAGGUGUUAGCUUCUUUGGAGCAAUAUAUUUUACUCAACAAAUCUAAGCUUUUGAAUAAUGGAGUUGUCAAACUCAAACCACUGAUUUUGGAACUCCUUGUAAAUCUUUAUGGUCUUUAUAGAGGUCUAGCUAAAGUAAGCUACCAAAUACCAUAUAGCCCAGAUGCCGAAAAUACCCUUUUCCUUAUUAUCUCACAAAAACACAUCCACUUUCUCUCUAGAAGAAUCCACUCCACAUCAUUAAAAUGGCUGUUUCAACAAGAAAGAAUCUCCCAAUAUCUAUCUGAUCAGAUUCUAAGAUGGUGUAGACGAUAUUUUGUUUAUGGAAACAACCAGAUUCUUGUGUCUAAUCAUGACACAGUAAAAUUCAGACAACUUGCUGAGCUGGCAGCAUCUGAAGACAACUAUGCAGCCAAAUUACUUGUGUGUUUGUUGCGAGAGGUUGUUGAAGAAACCAGACAAGAAGAUGAUAUUGUUUUAUUGUUGAACAUGAUUGCAUCAAUUGUUGCUUUGUUUCCAUCUUCUUCAAGGGAAUUUUGCUUAAAUGGAAUAUCCCCUGCAAUCAAGUCUCUUUAUUCCCAACAUUCUUGUGGAGAGAUAUUAAAUCUUACUUCUCAAUUGGUUUUUACAAUAUUACAUUCGAUUGAACCGGAAUCGGAAUCGGAAUCACUUUCCGAUGGUGAAGCCUGGAAUGGAAUAGCAACAGAGUUGAUACACUACUUGAUCUCCACAAUUACUAACAAUGGGUUCACUCAAGAAGCUCUCCUUGUAAUGGGGAUUCUUUCUUUAAUCUUGUAUCACUCACUUCAUCAAAACCUUCUAGAAGCAUCCAAGACUAUUCUUUUGAACACCCAAUUGAUCUCAUUGGUUAACAAAAUGAUCCAUGAAGCUUGUUUGAAAGGACCCGCAUUAAUUGAUCAUGAUGAGACAACACAAACCGGAGGAGGCCUCAUUUUUUUGCUUUUUCUUAACUAUUUUUCUCACAGAAGCGUGCAUGUUAUUCUACCAGGGAUUGAAGAUGUAGAAAACUUACUUAACAGCGACAACAAAACCCAACACUCAUCAUUAUUCUACAUCAACAUUCAUUCCCAUGACUUAUGCAGACUCUUACAUUUCGGGUCAACUCCAGUCAAACUAAUAUCUUCAUUCUGCCUACUCCAACUAUUCCAAACAAUCACACAACAAAAAACAAAAUUGCUACUCAAAGAUAAUAUACGUUCCAUAACCUCGAUCCUACAAGGCUUAAUUUUCCACAGCGAUGUUACAAUCGCCAUGAAUUGUGGGCUCUGUAUAUCAAUGGUGAUCGAUUGGGAAAAACAGGAUGAUACUGAUACCCGAUUUGUUGAAAAGGAUAAUUGGUGUCGAUUAAUAACCGAAGAACUGGUGAUGAGUUUGGCUGUUCCAAAUUUGGCGUCGAAAUCGAUCAUGAUUCAUCACAAGCCGGCGGUUUAUGUAGUCGCGUCGAGGUUAGAAUUGCAGAAAGUUCCGCCUCCAUGGAUGUCGGAUGUGUUUGAUGAUUCGUGUAUAAAUGGAAUCAUUCGAAACCUUUCGUCGAGUAACAUAACACGUGAGAUCGUGUUAUUAUUUCGACGACUUUUGCAAUCGGGGUACCUUAACUCCAAGCAUAUCGCUUGCCUCAAUCAGCUUUUCCAGGGUUGCAGAAAACGAGUUUACUCAGUUGACACUGAAGAUGCUGACACAGAAGAGAAGAAGAAGAAGAAGAAGAUGGUUGUUUUUGCAGAGGAUCCAGCUGGACAUGUUUAUGAGACCAUCGAGAUAUGAAGAGUAACAUAUCUUUGACCGAAUCAAAUCCAUCAUGUGAAAUUUCACACCAAGAUAAGAUCGAGUUCCUGACAACCUUCGCCACUGGGCAUAAGAGAAGGAUGUGAUUGCUCGUCUCUUCAUCCAAGUUGCAUGACACACAAAUGGUUGAUGGCACUGCCACCCCUUACUAACGAAAUAGAUGAUGGAAUUUUGCCAAGCUUUGCUCUCCAGAUAAAGCAUAAGAUCUUAUUCGGUAUUACUUUGCACCAUUCAAACGGACCAUCACAAACGAUGUGACUUGCCAUUUCAAUCCAUUCACGUAACGAUCUUAGCGAAAAAUGGUUAUCAACCACAAAGUCAGAUGCCCAACAAUCAUCAUCAUUUUGGUUUUCCAAUAUACAAUUUUCUUUGGAAUCAAUGUUGAAUUUUUUUUUUAACGUAGUUCUGAUUUUGACUAUAUUUUUCCAUACCCCGAUCUAGAUAUGUUAAAAGCACUAUAUUUUACAAUUGAUAACACGGUCCAAUUUGACACCUACCACUACUCAUUCUACUCAUUUAAAUGUGAUAUUAAUAAUUUCAUUUUUAAACUCCCAUGUUUUUUUAUUAUUUUUUUUGUAAGGAUUAGCUUGAGAAAC